AAAGUGGCGCCCCCCACGCACAGGAACCGUCCCUGGGGCCCCGCCCCGUCGCGGAGACCACCGUGGACCUCCGGGGACGGGAGGCCGCUCUGGCCCCAAGCAGAGCCUCUCGCUGGUAGACGGAGCCGAGGGCGCCCCUCUGGGCACGGCGCCGCUGAGCAGCUCAAUGCUCCUACCGGAAGUGCUCUUCACCGCCGGCCUCCCACCCGGCUCUCUGGUCUAGGCGGUAAGAUGGCGGCUGCCGCGGAGUGCGAUGUGGUAAUGGCGGCGACCGAACCAGCGCUUCCCGACGAAGAAGGAGCAAAGAGGGAAGCAGAGUCUUUCAAGGAACAAGGAAAUGCAUACUAUGCCAAGAAAGAUUAUAAUGAAGCUUAUAACUAUUAUACAAAAGCCAUAGAUAUGUGUCCUAAAAAUGCUAGCUAUUAUGGGAAUCGAGCAGCCACCUUGAUGAUGCUUGGAAAGUUCCGGGAAGCUCUUGGAGAUGCACAGCAGUCAGUGAGGUUGGAUGACAGUUUCGUCCGGGGACAUCUACGAGAGGGCAAAUGCCACCUGUCUUUAGGGAAUGCCAUGGCAGCAUGUCGCAGUUUCCAGAGAGCCCUAGAAUUGGAUCACAAAAAUGCUCAGGCACAACAGGAGUUCAAGAAUGCUAACGCAGUCAUAGAAUAUGAGAAAAUAGCAGAAACGGAUUUUGAGAAGCGGGAUUUUCGGAAGGUGGUUUUCUGCAUGGAUCGUGCCCUAGAGUUUGCCCCUGCUUGCCAUCGCUUCAAAAUCCUCAAAGCAGAAUGUUUAGCAAUGCUGGGUCGUUAUCCAGAAGCACAGUCUGUGGCCAGUGACAUUUUACGAAUGGAUUCCACCAAUGCAGAUGCUCUGUAUGUACGAGGUCUUUGCCUUUAUUAUGAAGACUGUAUUGAGAAGGCGGUUCAGUUUUUUGUACAGGCUCUCAGGAUGGCUCCUGACCAUGAGAAGGCCUGUGUUGCUUGCAGAAAUGCCAAAGCACUGAAAGCAAAGAAAGAAGAUGGGAAUAGAGCCUUUAAAGAAGGAAAUUACAAGCUAGCAUAUGAACUGUACACAGAAGCCUUGGGGAUUGACCCCAACAAUAUAAAAACAAAUGCUAAACUCUACUGUAAUCGGGGUACGGUUAAUUCCAAGCUUAGGAAACUAGAUGAUGCAAUAGAAGACUGCACAAAUGCAGUGAAGCUCGAUGACACUUAUAUAAAAGCCUACUUGAGAAGAGCUCAGUGUUACAUGGACACAGAACAAUAUGAAGAAGCAGUGCGGGACUAUGAAAAAGUAUAUCAGACGGAGAAAACAAAAGAACACAAACAACUCCUUAAAAAUGCACAGCUGGAGCUGAAGAAGAGUAAGAGGAAAGAUUACUACAAGAUUCUGGGAGUGGACAAGAAUGCUUCUGAGGAUGAGAUCAAGAAAGCGUAUCGGAAACGGGCCUUGAUGCACCAUCCAGAUCGGCACAGUGGAGCCAGUGCUGAAGUUCAGAAGGAGGAAGAGAAAAAGUUCAAGGAAGUUGGAGAAGCUUUUACCAUCCUCUCCGAUCCAAAGAAAAAGACUCGCUAUGACAGUGGACAGGACCUGGAUGAGGAGGGCAUGAAUAUGGGUGAUUUUGAUGCAAACAAUAUCUUCAAGGCUUUCUUCGGUGGUCCCGGGGGCUUUAGCUUUGAAGCAUCUGGUCCAGGGAAUUUCUUUUUUCAGUUUGGCUAAUGAAACCAUCCAGAACCCAGAAAAUGCAGACUUGCUCAGUUUAACCUUGAAUGUGGACACAAUUCACCUCCUCCCUUCAUCAUGUCUCCAUGUGCUUAGAGCAGUUUCGUUUUCUCAGUUGGAUGCCCUGUGUCUGUGAGUGGGGUGAAGGAAAGGGAGCCAGCGCCGAAGACUGCGGGUAGGGGAGGGAGACGGGGGUGGAAAGGGAGGCAGCUUGUGAAUUUUUGUUUUACUGUUUAACUUUAUUAAAAAAGAAAAAAAAAUAAGUGAAUGGAAUGUUUUGACCUUUC